AUGCGUCUUCCGACCUUAUCAUCUCUCUUGUGCCUUAUUGGCCUGGCCUCUCCGCUUGUCAACGCCUACGAUGACCCCAACAUCAAAAGCAUUCCUCUCCGAACCCACAGUCUUACCUCGCCAUACCUAGAUUCGGAUUUCCAAAGCCGCUGGUUCGACUUCGGAGGAGAUGCUUUAGUUCGGGCUGAUAAGUACAUCCGUCUUACUGCCGACCGUCCCUCGCAACAAGGAUGGAUCUACUCUCGCGUUCCAUUGACAGCAACCAACUGGCAGAUCGAGCUGGAGUUUGAGAUCUCCGGCUCUGGUACUUUGCACGGUGAUGGCUUCGCUCUCUGGCUCACCAAGCAGCGUGCCACACAAGGCCCUGUAUUCGGCGCCACGGACAAAUUCGAAGGUCUCGGUAUCUUCUUCGACACUUACAAGAACAAUCGCCCUGGUGUUACCUUCCCCUAUGUAAUGGCCAUGAUGGGUGACGGACAGACCACUUAUGACCAGGCGCAUGACGGCAAAGCCAACGAGCUUGCUGGAUGCUCUGCUCGCGGUCUUCGCAAUGCCCCAGUCCCUACCAAAGCUCGUCUUACCUACUUCCAGGACAAAUCUCUCUCCCUUGAACUCCAGUACAAGACCGAGGACUCUUGGAUCGAGUGCUUCAGCCUCAGCGCCGAGGACAGCAACAUUGCCAUCCCAUCUGUUGCCUACCUCGGUCUUUCUGCCGAGACUGGUGAGCUGAGCGACAACCACGACAUCAUCUCUCUCAAGGCCGAGAACUUGUACUCGGUAGGCCGCAAGGAUGGCGCCGGCAACCGUGGCUCAGAAAAGUCCAGCGGUCGUGGUCGCAGCAGCCCUAAGGCUAAGAAGGAGUCGGGCAGCUGGACUUGGUUCCUUUUCAAGGUUGUUUUGUUCUUCGGUGUCGUUAUUGGCGCUUACUUUGGAUGGACUGUUUACCGCACCAAGGCGCGGUCCUCCCGCUUUUGA